AUGCUGAGGCUCCGUGGCAAUGCCUCGAAAGCGUCACCUUGGCCUGUGGGCAAACGUAUUUGGAUUCCCGAAGGGAAGGCCGCGGCCAAGACCGUUCUGGUUAUGAAACAGUGUAACAAAGGACGCCUGGUACCGUUCUAUGGGAUGCGAGAGAUACGUAAGACGGAUCAUGAAUUCGCAAGGGGUGUGAAGUACUCGGGAGAAACCCAUCGUCGCAUAGCUGAGGUCACGGUGGCACCAGUCACCCCGGAGUUAUGGAACGAAGGAAUAACUGAAGGCGUGAAGGUCUGGAAGGAGGCAACCCGGAAGAAGCAAAAACCCUCAAACGAAUCUCAUGAUCCAAUCUUGUCAUGA